AUGGGUAUCGCCGAUAUGUUCGUUGACUUCGUGAGCUCGCUGAGCUUCGGAGAGGUUGUCGAGGCUGAAGCUCCUCCUGCCGAGGAGGUCGAGGAGUCUUCUUCUGCUGAGGAUACGCCCGAUGAAGACAAGUCGGAAGACGCCGAGGAAGAAGAGGCUGAGGAGGAAGAAGAGGAGGAGGAGGAGGAGGCUGAGGACAUCAUGCCCAAGUUGAUAGAAGAAUGCUCAAACUCCAAGCCCUGCGCUCCUGUUAAGCACCACUUCGAUCACUGCGUUGAGCGUGUCACUCGCAACUCCGAAGAUCCCGACUUCAAGGGCCCUCACGAGGACUGCGUCGAGGAGUUCUUCCACCUCCAGCACUGCGCUACCCAGUGCGCCGCCCCCAAACUCUUCCGCGAAUUGAAAUAG